AGAGAGCAAAACACGACACCCGAGAACGGGGGGAGGAGAAAGAGUGGCCACAGAGUACAUUGAGUGAGUAGAGGGGGAAAAAAGUCAAAAGAGAAGUGUGUGAGAGGGAGAGUGCUACUCCAUAAAACGGUUAUUUUUGCGACAAAAUGUCAAACAAUGGGGAAUAUGCAAUUCAAAUGGAGUAAACAGCAACUACACAGUUCGUGAAAGUAGCUAUAUGUAAACAAGAAAAGAGAAGGGGUUUCGGGUUGUGUGCUUAUCGGGACGGUUGGCCGUGUUCCGCUGCAACUCGAGCAGGACAAGGCAAAGGAAGCUGCCGCGGGACAAGUAGCUGUGAGCUACAUCACCGACUGUGGGACUUGGGGAAACUACAUCGAUCGCUACAGUUGGGGAAAGGGGGUAUUGGGAAAGAAACUUGGAGCAAAGGGGCCCGUAAGUGGAGCAACGAGGGAAAGUUUGUAGCCUGUUUCAACUCGCUGUUCCAUUCCAAGCCAAAAGAAGCGCUGAUAGGGAGACUGACUUUCUUCCACUAUUGACUUGAGAUCCAUCAAGCUCGAUAGUUAGCAACAAUCAAAAUGAAAACCUCCGGAGAUUCGGCUAGACUGUGGCCUGGCAGCUUUCAACGAGUGUGACGCCUGACCUCACGGCGUGUGAACGGGCCAUGGUGGUAUCUGGUGCAGAGCUGAGAUUUCUUUGGGUGACGCUUUCUGAAUAGAACGGUCAACUCAAACCAAUCACAAAUAUGUGCAACACAUACAACCAUGACCGCACUUUCAUCAAAGGUCUAAGGUGAAGAAUGGUGGACGAUGACUCUACAAAAAGAAGAGGGUGUCCUUAUAGGGUUUGCCUUCCCAGACUGGGCCUACAAACCUGAGUCAAGCCCCGGCUCCAGACAGAUCCAGCUGUGGCACUUCAUCCUGGAGCUGCUGAGGAAGGAGGAGUACCACGAUGUCAUCGCUUGGCAGGGGGACUACGGGGAAUUUGUCAUCAAGGACCCCGAUGAAGUGGCCCGUCUCUGGGGGGCUCGCAAGUGUAAACCCCAGAUGAACUAUGACAAGCUGAGCAGGGCGCUCCGAUACUAUUACAACAAGAGGAUCCUCCAUAAGACCAAAGGGAAGAGGUUCACCUACAAGUUUAACUUCAACAAGCUGGUCCUGGUCAACUACCCCUUCAUUGACAUGGCCUCCACAGGAAGUGGUGUUCCUCAGAGUGCUCCCCCAGUGCCCACUGGGGCCGGGACUCAUUUUCGCUUCCCGCCCUCCACGCCUUCAGACGUGCUCUCGCCCAACGAGGACCUGCGCAGCCCCGGGGGCGUGUUCAGCGCCGUGGCCCGGCGAAUGGCGCGUGGCUCGGUCAGCGACUGCAGCGACGGGACCUCCGUCAACUCCGAGAUCGAGGACACCAACGGGGGAGGUGGGGAGGAGCGAGGAGGCGAGCGGGGCCUGAGUGGCGGCGGGGGAGGAGGCGGUGGGUACAGGAGUAUCAUACACCCCCGUCUGUCCCAUGAGUCUCUGUUCAGGAUGUACGGGGGAGCGGGGAACCCCAACACCCACCCAGGGUCCCGCGGACCCCAGGGACACAGAGUCCACCCCGACAACCUGUCCCCCUUCCCCGUCUCCCCCCUGCCCGGCCCCGGGGGAGCAGGCCUCCUAGCCCCCCCUCUGUCCCCAGCCCUCUCCAUGACCCCCUCCUCCCAUCUUCCCUACACUCCCUCCCCCUCACUCUCCCCCAUGCUGGGCUCCCACUUCUCCUUCAACCCGGAGGACAUGAAGCGCUACCUGCAGGCCCACCACCAAAGUGUCUACAACUACCACCUCAGCCCCAGAGCCUUCCUCCACUACCCCAACAUAGUGGUCCCCCAGCCCCACCGCCUCGCCCACGACAACAGAGAGCUGGGAGCCGAAAGAGAGAGGGGGGGAGGCGGCGGCGGAGGAGGUGAGAGAGAGAGGGAACGAGGAGAACGCUCAGGCCUGAAUAGUCAUCGACACCCGUCACCCCUGUCCCAGUCCCACUCGCCUCACCCACACUCGGCCCACCCCCACCCCAUCAAUCACCCGCUACACCUGGGUGAAGAGCCGCCCCACCUCCAACCCUUCAAGUUCAAGUUGCAGCCUCCACCUUUGGGCCGGAAGCAGAGGGACGUUGGCCAGGCACACCACCCCAGGCAGAGUUCCCUGUCCUCAGGCUCGGGGUCCCUGUCCUCCUCCGGUCUGGGCUCUUCUCUGUCCUUCGGCAGCGACCUGAGCUCAGCCAGCGGGUCUGGACUGAUGUCCAACUCCUCCUCCACCGGGUCCCUCAACAGUGCCGGGCUGCCUAAGAUCAAGGUGGAGCCCAUAUCAGACAUCGAGUCAGAAGAGGAGGUGGAGGUAACUGACAUUAGUGAUGAAGACCCUGAUGACCGAUGUGAAGAGUACGACCUCUUCUCCCCCCGACACCACCGGCCUCACCCCCACCGCCCCCACCGCCCUCCUCACCACCACCCCAACGGGACCUCCUCCCACCCCCACGACGAGGAUCUGGAUGAGGACGUGUUCAAGGCUCCGGCGCCCCCUCCUCCAGGCCUGCUGCCUUUCUUCACCUCCCACUCCCACCCUCACACGCACCGCGGGCCCCCCACCCUGAAGAGUGAGCCAGCCGAGCCAGGUGAUGCCCCCCCACCGCCGCCUCCUCCCGCGGGCCAGACCAAGUGCAUCCCCCUCAAGCUGCGCUUCAAGAGGCGCUGGAGCGAAGACCAACGCAUGGAGGCCAUGGAGGAGCAGGACGACAAGAAAGUGCGUGGGGAGGAGAGGGAACGAGAGCGCAACGGAGGGUUAGAGGAGAAUGGGGCUUCCAGUGGCCCCGGUUCCCCAGCCCAGGUCGGGUAUGAAGGUGUCCUCCCAGUGGCUCAGAGGGGGGUGAGCCAGGAACUGCAUCGAGCAACCGCCCAACUGUCCCUGGAGAACAAGGACUGCUGAUACACCCACCCACCCACACACACACCCACACACGCGCACACACACACAGGGAUACUUAGAAACACUAACACUAGCAGUCAGUGGUGGUAGAGGAGCAUGUAAAGGACUCCUCUGUAGUACUCCUGCCAUUCUGACAGAUGGUUUUCUCCUAACUCAAACUAAUCUUGGACAUAAUCCCACUGUUAGCCCAGCUGCAGUCCUGCACCUGAGAAUGCACAGCUCCCGAAGCCCUUCCAUGUUAUAGAGAACCCUUCCUCAGAGACCGCAGGAGAGUAGAGCGAGGAUACUGUCAGCCUCAGAUCCAGCCUGUCCUCCCCUGCCUUCUGUCCAGCCCAAACUCUGCCUCAGAUCCAGCCUCUCCUCCCCUGCCUUCUGUCCAGCCCAAACUCUGCCUCAGAUCCAGCCUCUCCUCCCCUGCCUUCUGUCCAGCCCAAACUCUGCCUCAGAUCCAGCCUCUCCUCCCCUGCCUUCUGUCCAGCCCAAACUCUGCCUCAGAUCCAGCCUCUCCUCCCCUGCCUUCUGUCCAGCUUCUACUCUCUCUCUUCAGGGGACUCCCAAACCCCUGGCCCUAAGCCCAGUGCCCCAGACAUGGAGGUUGAUAUUUCUCCCAUUUAUAUUUUUCUAUGAAGAUGAAGGCGGGGCUUUUUCAAGUGCCUGUACCUGUAGGAGCCACAGACAGACAGACAGACAGACAGAGAGAGGGCGAGGAGGGAAUCAUGGGUGUAGAAAAUGUGAAGAUUGGCAACCGAUUGUGGAAGACAGAUGAUUUCCUGUCUAUAGCUGUAGGACCUAGUCGUGGUACGUUGGCAGAUUCCUCCUCGUAAAACUGGCCACUCCACUCAGGGAAGCCGUUUGCUGUACUUGACACACACACACACACCAGCUGGAGGUGAAGAGGACAGUGAACGUACUUUUAGGACAGGCGCUUUUCCCCUGGACUGCUACUGUACUAUACAGCGCACACUCUCUUACUCCAUCUGACACUCUCCUCUGUCAGGACAAACUAGGGUUUAGUUUCACUGCCUCUCUUUCUGUAUGUCUUCUUCUCUUAACUACUUUGUCUUUCUUGGGAUCAUGAACUGAAGGAGGAAAGCGAAUGAGAGGUGAGGAUGUAGUGGUGGGUGGGGGGGUAGUGGCCCCGUGUUAGAUGGCCGGGAGGAACCGAGAGGGGACCAUGGGGAGGGGAAGGGAGACGCAGUGUGCCCAGGAGUUUCCAGAAUGGUUCUUAGCUCUCCUUUAGAAAAGGAGGGAAUGGGGUCCAGUAUAAUUGAGUUGUUAGCCUAGCUUAUCCUAACCUGGGUGGAGCAGUAGUAACUGAUUACAUGUGAUCCGUUACAUGUUAUCAAAUUACAAAAUAAACUAACUGAACAUUGUUGUAAUCAGAUUCUACACAUUUGAGCAGUUUUAGGAUUACUUAAAUGAAUUAAGAAAUGAGGUUUGCGGAAAACGACUUGAUCAGUGAGUCUGAUCACCAGUAUGAUAACACGCCAGAUGUGUUGGAUGGAUCCUUAAUCUUCUUCCAAUUGCUACUUAAAGGGAAAGUUAUCCCCAGAGUAACUGAAAUUAAUCCGAUUACAUGGCUGAGUUUGGGUAAUCCACAAGUGACAAAAUGGAUAGACAUUUGGAACAGGUGACCGUAACAGAUUACAUUUAAUAGUGAACUAUUCAACUCUGGUUGGUUCUAGUCCGCACAGAAUCCUGGUUCUCCAGUUCCACUCAAAGCCCUUACUCUGGUUCUACCAACCAUUGUUUCAUAGUUUUAACUAAACCAGCAAAAGAUGCACAAACCCCACAUAUGCCAGCGCGCGCGCGCACACACACACACACACACACACACACCCACCACAGAUGGUGGCACCUUGAAAGAGGAGGACUGGCUCAUAGUAACGGCUGGAACGUAAAUGGAAUAGCAUGAAAUAUGUGGAAAAUACGUGUUCUACAUGUUUGAUAGCGUUUUACAGACCCAUUCCGGCCCUUAGAAUGAACUGUCCUCUCAACCGCCUGGGACUCUGCCUCUCCAUGCCUUGUUUUAUAGCAUGUUGGCUAUAAAGAAUAAACUCUUUAUAGUAGUUCAAACAAAAAAAUUAAACUGAGAUUUACACUCGGAAAAACUGUAUCUUUGUAUAUUGUAUAUGAAUUUAUAAACUGGGAUUUAAGGAAAGGAAAAAAACAGCAUUGAAUGAAAUGACAGAUUCAGGAUUGUUUUCUUGGGGGGUGGUGUUAAAAGACAUUGUCGUCAUGAAAGGACGGCAUUCUAGUACACUGAAUAUGCAGCAGUUGCCUUUGAACAGUUCUGUUUCUCGAUAUCUACCAGCAUUGUCCACUACUCCUCCUUAGCUAGUUGAAGACCAGAGCUGCGGUGAUCGUCAUCAGCCGUCCUCAGUCCACCUCUCUGGACUGGUCUUGUUCUAGAAUUCCACCUUUAUGAGGAAGGACCUCGCAGCAGCGUAAUGGACUGAACACGCACCCCCUGUCCACAGUGGCAGUGAAUGAGCCCAGGGUUAGCCAGCCCAGGGCUUUUUAGGCAACAGGAAGUCCUUUCUCAGCUCAUCCCAGUUAGGUCAGUUCUCUUACGCUUUUCUGGAUUAGCUUCAUUCCCUGCAUAUUGGUGGUGGCGGAGGAAUUCCAUGGUGGAUGCUAAGGGGUUUAUUACUCUAAGACAACAAUGGAGGGUAAAGGUAUAACAGAUGACUUCACCUGGAAUACCUGGUCUGCUAUUUCAUGCACAAACGCACGCACACAAACGCAUGAACACACACGCAUUUCUAAACCCCUCCCACACUACCUGCGCUCAGCAUUUUGCGACUUGGAUGUUUUCACAUCUAGGCGUUUGCUCGAGUAUAGAGGUCUAGCCCCUAGAGCUGGGCCAAAUGGCCUCCGAUUGGCUUGAACUGGGCCAAAUGGCCUCUGAUUGGCUCAGGGCAAACAAAGACUUGACCAACUACUAAGCCAGAACUCUAGGGACCCCUGGGAUAGCUGGCCUUUGCAGGCAAAUGUGUGGCUGAACAAUGACAUCAGUCAUUGAACUGAUGUGGUGUAUCCUGGUGUCAUUGUAUAUGUGUCUACACACACACACACACACGCAGCCGACCCCCCUCCCCCCCUCACACACACACACACACACCACGUCCCGUGUCUGAAUUGAAACUGACAGCUGCCUUAUAAACUCUUCUUCAUAUCUCAACAACAGACUGGGCAUUGUUCUGCCUUCUGUUUUACUUUCUUCAUCACUUUCUCUCCACGGCGUGCAUGGUCUGCCUGACUGUUAACUGCACCGGGAUCUGCAGUCAGGAGGUUGUUCGACAAGGUGUCCAGGUUUGAGCAGUUAGAAGGGCAGACCGCAAACAGAUGACAUCUAUUUAGCAACAUGCCACCAACCUCACCCCAACGUUAUUUUACUUCCUAAUGUCGAUAUUGCUGUUUAUUAUUAUUAUUGUUGUUGUUGUUGUUGUUAUUAUUGUUGGAUUUGUUCCCUCCCCUGCUCCCCGGUCAGUAUGGUAUGGUUGAGUUUCUGUUGCUUUAGUGUUGUUGCAUACAUCACUAUCUCAGCCAUGUGAACCCCUCUUCCAUGCUUCUAGUGGGAGCCCCUAUCCCAUCCCCUCCCCGCUGUAGUUUUUACAUCUGGAAGAUUAGCUGAACGUCUAAUAUUAAUUCUGAGAGGUGUCGUUAUGGCGACAGAGGGUGACAGAGAGGGAUGAAGUAGAGGGAGGAUCUUGUAAGGGAGGGACAGUGGAUCAUUUCCUGUCAUCUAUUGUCAUUUUUAUUUUAUAAUGUUACUUUAACUAUGGCUCUUGUAUAUUUUUUUCAUUUGGGGGAUUGUUUCAUUUCAAAGAAAACCGGAUUUGUUUUGUUUUACUGUGUAAAGGUUUCUCUUUUCUCCCUGUCUCUUCCCCUCUCUCUCCUCUCCCCUCUAAGCGGUUAUAUAACACUCAGAGAGAUGAGAUUCAAUACCAUGAUGUAACAUUGCAUUUCUCUUCUUUAAUUCUUUCAUGUUUAUUUUUUUUUUUUCAAAACUUGUAAUUAAGCUGUAAUCAGGGUUAAUUAAAACUGGUUGAAAACCAAUA